UUUGCACAGACAUCAAAAAAAAAAAGGUCGUGUGAUAAGCCGUAAGGUGUGACUUUGUGUGAUUUUCCGUGGGUUAAAUAAAAUAAAAUUAAAGUGUCGGUGUGCUGAAUGUGUAGGGGCAGUUAAAUUCGUUUCGUGACUGUUUAAUGGAUUCGUACUUCUCUUGGUUGAUGCCGGAGCAAGACGGUCCAGCCAAAGUCCUGUGGCUGAGAGUGUGGCAAACUCAGCAAGAAAUCGAGGGAAUGAACUCAAGGGAAUUAAGGGAUAGUAGCGACAAUGAUGCUGAUAAUAUGACGAACGGUUUUAACAAUCAACAAAUUCAAAUCAUGAACGGUAAAACCGAUAAAAGUGGAAAUUUCACCCGUGUGCGACGUACGAAAAACGACAAUCGUCCCAGUCAGAGACCUUUACAUAGGAAAUUUGUUACGGAUUUCGGGGGCUGUCCGUGGAGACAGGAAAAAUAUAAUUAUGCCAGGGGCAUAGUCGGAUUACACGAAGAAAUCGAACACUUUUAUCAAUACAUGACUCCCACCGAAGCCGAGCAUAAGGUGCGUGCCGAAGUUGUGGCUCGCAUCGAAGAAAUCAUCAAAUCCAAAUGGCCCGAAGCUCAAGUCGAAGUGUUUGGUUCAUAUCGUACAGGAUUGUACUUACCAACUAGCGAUAUCGAUCUCGUAGUUAUAGGCAAAUGGUCAAAUCUGCCUUUACGUACCUUGGAACAGGAAUUUUUGGAACGAGGAGUUGCUCAGGAGGACAGUAUAAAGGUGUUGGACAAGGCUUCCGUCCCCAUCGUUAAACUUGUAGAUAAAAAGACUGAAAUUAAGGUGGACAUAUCCUUUAACAUGUCAAAUGGUGUUAAGAGUGCCGAACUAAUAAAGACUUACAUGGAGCAAUUUCCUGUACUUCCCAAAUUGGUUUAUGUCUUUAAACAGUUCCUACUAGAAAGGGAUUUAAAUGAAGUUUUCACAGGGGGCAUUAGUAGUUAUAGUCUUAUAUUAAUGUGUAUAAGCUUUUUACAACUGCAUCCGCGACAGGAGGGAGUAAGACAAAGUAACGCCAAUCUAGGCGUUUUGCUCAUAGAAUUUUUCGAACUUUACGGCAGAAAGUUCAACUUUAUCAAUACCGGAAUUCGGAUACGAGACGGCGGCAAAUACAUUUCGAAGGAAGAAAUGCAAAAGGAAAUGUCGGACGGUCAUAGGGCUAGCAUGUUGUGUAUAGAAGAUCCUUUGCUGCCUUCGAAUGAUAUUGGACGUAGUAGUUAUGGAAUCUUGUUGGUCAAGAAAGCAUUUGAGCACGCUUUCACGAUACUGACCAACGUAGUACACCCGAUGUCGCACCUCAACGAUUGCGGAAGGCAGAGUAUACUGGGCCGAAUUUUGCGCAUCAGCGACAAAGUGGUGCAGCAUCGACGGCGGAUCGAAGAGGGCACGAAGGUGACGCAAAGCGGGGGCGGCGGACCGCCACCGCAGGGCGCUUUGCCGGGAGCCGGGAACAGUGUGCCCGCCAAGCCUUCGCGGUCUUCGAGUACGGGCAGUACGAGUAGCGCAGAAGAGAGCGGAGUCAGCUCGGAGGGUUCAGAUCGGGCGUCGCGCGACCAUUCGCCGAACGUCAAUUACAUGAACCGACACCAUCACAAUCACAACACCACCACGAAUCGGAACCGGGUGUGGCACCGAAAGUACGAGCAAAACGGCCAUAACCAACGUAACAGUGGCGACAGUGGUGUUCGAGGAGGUGGCGGCGGCUCGAAUCACCAGGGCUACAGCCAUCGCAGUAGCAACACCCACCAGAACGGUAACAGCAAUAAUAAUAAUAGCCAAUCGGGGAUGAGCAAAAGAAAAAAGCAGCCGGAAAGGCAAUAAUAGUUUGUGUACAGUUCACUAGGUGUACAUAGUGUUUAGUUAGAUAGGUGGUAAAUAAUUAUUAUAAUUCAUUUAUUGAUUAAUACGGAGGCAAAUUGUUUGAGAAAUUUUAGUGUAAAAAAAAAGGACACUGCCUGAUUUAAUUUGUUUUUAUAAGCAGCUGCUUUCUGGGAAACACUUAAGUUAUCUUUACUAAAAAAUGUGGAGGAAGCGUUUAAAACUCAACCAAAAAAAAAAAAUUCUAAUAAUUUCAAAAACAAAAAAAAUUAAUCAUUUACUUUCUUUUAGUAUUUAAGUUAUUGUAUAUAAUGUAAUAUUUUUUAUUAUGUAAUGUUGUACAUUUCAAAAGCAGAAGGUCUUGAAAUUUAUUAAAAAAAAGACUGCUUUAUUUGACUCACUAAUUUUUUAUAAGUGGAAGUAGAAAUUAACACCUGUAUCUGCCCCAUUUAAAGUACAUGGGGCAUAUGCAUAAAAAUAUAAGGGUUUGGACGAAAUUUCGACUUAGGGCCAAUUUCUUUAUCAACAGUUGAAACUUUGUGAGAUCCUUCUAUUAAACGUUGUCAAAUCACAUAAUCUUGAUCUUUAUGGUUCAGAGAAGUCAUCACAUAAAGAUAUUGCCAAAGUAUGAAAUGAAUAAUUUGAAAUAGUAUUUAGUAGAGUAAAACACUUGGAAAAAAUUUGGAAUAGAACAGUAACUGUUGAUGAAGAAGUUGGCCUUAACUAUUAUAGUCUGGGUAUAUUGGAAAAAAAUAAAAAGUUCCUCUCCACAUAGGUUAGUGUUGAUCACUCAAACUACCCAUCUCUAACAAUCCACUUUUCUCUAACUGAAUAAAAUAAUUAUUAGUGAUUUGAACCACUAUAUUUUGCCAUAGUAUUAUUAGGUACUUUUUUGGCAGCUUCAAUACACUUUUAUUUUUGUUUUGCCCCAUCAGCACUUUUUAUAUUGAAAUUUUCCAAAUUUUUAGUUGGUUCUUACAUAUUGAAAUUCACAAGUUUAUUUUUUGACACGGAACAUCGUCAUUGAAAAAGUGAAUCUACGCCUUAAUUUUGAGCCCUCAAUGGGCAUUGUGUCGCUAUGAUAUUAGCGCCAUCAGGAGAGAUGAUUUGAUCCGAGUUUACAAACUCCGGUUGAAUUAUCUCUUCUAGAGCGGGCUACGUUAACUCCCAGUUCCAGUUGCACUUGGAUUACUUAUACAAUUUAUAAUACUAUUGGCAAAAAAAAAGAAACGUUUUCCUCCACAAAAUAUAGGUAUUUUAAGUUGAAACGAUCUGCUACAAGUUUUGUUGUUCAUUUUGCCUACCAUUAAUCAUCUAGCUUCGAGUAAAAAGCAUUUCAUUAACCGAAGUUUGUAAAUUGUGAAUAUUUGUAUAAAAUAUUAUGGCUGGCGGUUUCCUUGAAUAAUUUUUUUUUUUUUGUAGAAGACAAUAAUUUUAUAAAAGAAAAUCGCCUGGCAGUAAAAAAAUGUGAUAUAUUUGAUAAUUAACUUAUAUAUAUUUUUGUUUCUUUUUCUUUGUGUUUUGCUCUGUGUUCUAAAGGACUACAAUUUUUUUUUUUCGUUUUUUUUUCUCAUUUAUUAUCAUGACGCCAUUUUAUGUUUAUUUUUUAACAAUCAGAAUAUCAUAUUUUUUUAAUCAGGGGUAUCUAGUUUGGCAAUAAGCAAUUUUAUCCUGUAAUUGUUUAUUUUUUGUUUUUAUGCCCCAUAUAAACUACAUAACAAAAGGUUUCCUUGUACAGUUCAAAGGAGCUUUAUACGAAUUCCUAACGAGUUUUGGCACAGGUUUUUUUUUUCAAUUUUUGACUAAAUAUUGUAUUUCAAUCAAUAUUUUGUCAAAAAUUUUAGAGUUAAGUAUUUAUAUUGGCAUAUAGUUUUUAAGCAUGUUGUCUGUUUAUAUUAUUGUGAAACUUAUUUAAAAAGAAACGCAAUUUCUGUAGUUAUACAUUUAUUAUGUAGACCUAAUUGAGUUUAAGUACAAAUUAAAAGGAAAAAAACUGAAAAAAAAAAAUGUUUUAAUUUUUAAUAAAAAAAAUGUUUUGUAAAUAAAAGUGCGCCAAGACAAUGCUGUAAAAAAAAAUUGUUUCAAAAAUAUAUGAUUCUAAUUCUUGAGCGCGAAAUUUUGUGUUUUAUUGCUUUUUUAAAAAUAGAUAAAUACCUAACUUUGUUUCAAUCAGAAUCC